UUACUAUUUCAGCCAUUUUUUUUUUCUUUUCUUUUGCUAAGUCUUUUUAUUUUUAUUAUUUUUGGAUAAUAAUAAAUUAAUAAUAAUAAUAAUUAUUAUAAUUACAAUUUAACUUAAUAUAUAUUCAUCUCUCUACAGAAUCAUUCUUCUACAUUCUCUCUUAUUUGACUCUCUAGCUUCCUCUCUUUCUUUCUCUACGCCAUUUCUUCCUUCUGGCUCAGCUAUUUCUUCUGCUAUAAACCCUCUUCAACGCAUUUUGACCUUCGUCUUCGUCUUCUUCUAUGUGAGCUUCUGAGCUUCUUUUUAUAUUGAGAAGCUUCGCCCAUUUUUUUUUCCCAUUCCAACUUCUUAAUUGGUUCUCUCCAAGAGAAGUAAAUUUUUCUUUCGUUCUGGGUUUUCUUCAAUGCUGAUUCUUGACGUGACCCAAUUCCUGUUUUUGCUCUUACAGUCAUUCUUUUCGUUACCAUAGUAGUUUAAAGAAAUUUAUUUAUACAAAUAUUCAAUCUUUAUUCUCUUUACUAUUCUGCAUAAAGUAAAGGCGCCAUCUUUCUUUCUAAAACAUAUUUCAAUUAAGUUUUCUGGUAAAGUCAGAAUUUUGCAGAGAACAAAAUGCUUGACGGGUUAUUGAAGCCCAAGUUUUACACCAAAUGCAAAACGAAUACAAAGCUCAUUAAGACACGUCUGGAGACCAUAAAGAAGAAGAGAAAUGCUGUUCAGAAAUUCUUAAAGAACGAUAUUUCUGAUCUUCUUAAGAGCGGCCUUGAUAUCAAUGCAUAUAACAGGGCUGAAGGGCUUUUGGUGGAGCAAUGUUUGACCUCUGCCUACGAAUUGAUUGAGAUUUUUUGUGGAAGCAUUUCAACUAAUCUUUCUCUCAUGCUAAAGCAGAGGGAAUGCCCUGAAGAAUGUAAAGAAGCAGUGUCAACUCUUAUCUAUGCUGCAGCAAGAUUUGCUGAUUUGCCAGAACUACGUGACCUUAGAAAUUUGUUCACUGAACGAUAUGGAAAUUCCAUUGAGUCUUACCAAAGUAAAGAGUUUGUGGAGAAGUUAAAGCCAACUUUCACCAAAGAGACAAAGCUUCAGUUAUUGCAUGAUAUAGCAGGGGAGUUUUCUAUUGAAUGGGAUUCAAAAUCUUUAGAGCAGAAACUGUAUACUCCUCCUCCUCCACCCAUCAAAACAAGGAGCAAUGUCAAUGAAUAUCAUGGAUCAAACCAGAGAAAGGAAGAAGCUUUUCCCAAAAGAAGUGAACUCAGCUUUAAAUCUCGCCAUAGCAAUGUGCAGAGCAGUAGUGAAGAAGACACAUUUACAGAUUUUUCCCAAGAUGAGAGGAAAACUUCUUCAAGCUCAGCAGGAAGUGUUUCUGAAGAUGACACAGAUGGAAAGAAGCCUUUCUUUUACAGAUUAGCUCGUCCUCCUUAUCUUAAACCGAAAUCAGAUGAACCAACAACAAAGCUGAACAAUACAGUUCAGCAAGAAGAAGCAAGUAGUCCCCAUGUAAACACAGCUGUUGUGGAAGAUAAGCCGAAACCAAGAUCAGUUAGGAGAAGAAACUUGAAACCACCACCGGGUCACGAAACUUCAAAGGAAUCCAACAUGAACAAAAGGCCAGAGUUGGCCAUGCCACCAGGCCGGGUAUCAUCUCUCCCCGCUGAGCCUUCAUCUCCUGGGGAGGCAUACAUGGGGCCCGCCCGAGCAACCUCGUUCCAACCUGAUAUGAUGAGUUCAACCGCUCAUGUCCAUCCUAAACUGCCUCCUGACUAUGAGGAAUUUGCUGCACGCAUUGCUGCUCUUAGAGGAAAACAAAGGUGAAACAAAGGACAUUAUCUCGAUGAAGAUUUGUUUCAUAAUGUUAUUAUCUGGGGAUGAUUAAUAUUGUAGUCCUAAUCCAACUCCAAAGGUUCUAAUCAUUGGAAUAUAUAUGAAGAUAUCAAAUGAAAGGAGUGCUCCCCUCCAGCCCUCCUAGUCCUUGUCCUAAUACUUAUACUAUUAGUUUAACGUUAUUGAAUGAUCAUAGGGAAAAAAAAGGAGAAAUCUAAGCAAUUUAUGUCUUAACACUUUAUUGAUCUAUACAUAUUAAUUUGGAUUGUGAUCCUCUCUUUCUUUUUGCUUA